CGUUGUACAAGGCUCUCAGUUGCUGCACGCCAUUGUGAAUGAGAAGUACUGUAGUUUACUUUUCUUUCGCCCAUAUUGUGAGACGUUUUCAAAGUUUGGGUUUUUAAAUAACGACAGGGAAAACGAUGUCUUCAGACUCCUGGGCCCAGGCAGUGGACGAGCAAGAGGCCGCGGCGGAAUCAAUUGGAAACCUUCAAAUAAAAGAGACGCUUGGAGAAAACGGAACAUCUCUACGGCCAGCAGACAGUAAUGCUGCAAAGCCAGAAGUGGGAGUUAAGACUACUGGGGAUAAGACGACAAAUGAUGAUGAAAGAGACGACAAAGCGGCCCAGUCUUUGUUGAAUAAGCUCAUCAGAAGUAAUCUUGUCAACACCACAAAUCAAGUUGAAGUACUUCAAAAGGAUCCCAACUCUCCACUGUACUCCGUUAAAUCCUUUGAGGAGUUGCGACUCAAACCACAGCUCCUUCAGGGUGUUUAUGGCAUGGGUUUUAACCGGCCGUCCAAAAUCCAGGAAACCGCCUUACCUAUGAUGCUUGCUGAACCCCCACAGAAUCUGAUCGCCCAGUCUCAAUCAGGAACCGGAAAAACAGCUGCCUUUGUCCUCGCCAUGCUCAGCCAUGUCAAUCCUGACUACAAGUAUCCUCAGUGUCUUUGUUUGUCACCCACCUAUGAACUGGCACUUCAGACUGGCAAAGUGAUUGAGCAGAUGGGUAAAAACUAUCCUGAAGUCAAGUUAGUUUACGCCAUCCGAGGAAAAAGGCUGCAGCGAGGCGCGAAGCUUCAGGAACAGAUAGUCAUUGGCACACCCGGCACCAUGCUAGACUGGUGCACCAAGUUGAAGUUCGUCGAUCCUGAGAAGAUUCGGGUGUUCGUGCUGGAUGAGGCUGAUGUCAUGAUUGCAACGCAGGGUCACAAAGACCAGAGUAUCCGCAUCCAGAGGAUGCUGCCCGAAAACUGCCAGAUGUUGCUGUUCUCAGCCACCUUUGAGGAGACUGUGUGGGACUUCGCCAAGCGCAUCGUGCCUGACCCAAAUAUCAUCAAAUUAAAACGAGAGGAGGAAACUCUGGAUACGAUCAAACAAUACUACGUGUUGUGUAACAGCAAAGAGGAGAAGUUUGAAGCCCUGUGCAACAUCUAUGGAGCCAUCACCAUCGCCCAGGCCAUGAUUUUCUGUCAUACAAGGAAGACCGCAGGCUGGCUGGCGGGGGAGCUUUCCAGAGAGAACCACCAAGUGGCGCUGCUCAGCGGAGAGAUGCAAGUGGAGCAGAGAGCCGCAGUCAUUGAACGCUUCAGAGAUGGAAAGGAGAAGGUCCUUGUAACCACAAAUGUCUGUGCCAGAGGAAUUGAUGUGGAGCAGGUAUCGGUGGUGAUCAAUUUCGACCUGCCAGUAGACCAGGAUGGUAACCCAGACAACGAGACGUACCUGCACAGGAUUGGCCGCACGGGUCGAUUCGGCAAAAGGGGGCUGGCCAUCAACAUGGUGGACAGCAGGAUGAGUAUGAACAUCCUCAACAGGAUCCAGGAUCAUUUUAAUAAGAAAAUAGAAAAACUAGACACACACGAUCUGGAUGAAAUAGAGAAAAUCGCCAGCUAAAGACAAGUGUGCCGAUGAAGUGGAUGCCAACUAGACUUGUCUGUGCUCUGCGAGGACUGUAUGCUUCUUUACGCUGUCUUUUAAGUUUGUAUUUUAUUUUAAACGUGGGGGGGCGGGGCAGAACCACAAAUACUGCACGUUUACACACACGGAAUGGACUUCAGUCUGUGGAACAUACCCCAUUUCACUCUUUUUACUUGUUGAAAUAAAGUUAUGCUGAAAAAGCAGCUCGCCUUGUUCA